ACUGGACCGCCUGCCGCACAAUAAAGUCGAUCCUCUAUGGUUAGCUAGCCCAAGUAACUUGUCUCAAAAAACAAAUAGCCCAAUUAACAUCAAAUCGAGCUCGAGCUCGAGCAGAGGAGCCAUGGCGGGGGAGGGGGAGGAAAAGGAAAAGAUGGUGAUGUUGCGGAGCGAGGACGGCGUGGACUUUGUGCUGUCGGAGGCACAGGCAGAUGCCCAGUGCGGCAGCAAAAUCAAAAUAAUGAUGAAGUACGACUCAGAGAAGCACAUCACCCCUUCCGACGACGGCGGCGGCGAAAUCAGCUACUGCCUCAUCCGCCUCCCCGUCCGAGGCGACACACUCUCCAAGGUGAUGGACUACUCCAAGAUGCACGCCUCCGGAUCCCACGACCUGAAUGACUGGGAUGCAGAGUUCAUCGCUGGUUUCAACCACGAGGCCCUCUUCGAUCUCAUCCUGGUUCUGCGGAAAUACGGGUAUUUCGAGUGGCUCGAUGAGUACGUUGAGAGGUUGAAAUUGGAGGGAUCAACCGAAGGGCUCAAUUUUGGGGCACCGCUUGCUGUGGAACACGCCCCCCAUUUGGCAGACAGAUCAGGUCAUUGUUAUGGGCAAGCUAAACUAGGGUGUGAAUUGAAGAAAAUGGGCAAGCAACUAAAGCAACUGAUCGAUUUGAAGCAGCAAACAAAUAUGAUGGCUGGAGCAUUUUAUUGUUGUGUCAUUGCUAUGGGUUUCUUUUACUUGAUGUUCAUCAAUCGCUAGAAAUUGUUAGAGUUUCAGUCAGUGUGUCAAUCUAGUUUCAUUUGUUAGCUGAAUUUGAAUUUAUGUGAAGCAAAACCUGCCUGUGUUUGUAAUGGAUUAUUUUAAAAUGCAGCAAUUGAUGAAAAAAUGCAGCAAUUCAUAAUGUGCA